AUGGGUUCAUCCACCACCCCCGACGACGGGCCCACGCGCGUUGCUAUUCUCGGGAAAGAGGACAUUAUUAUUGAUUUUGACAUAUGGCAAACCUUUGUCGCCGGAGAUCUGAUCUCUAAGCUCCCCUCCUCAACUUACGUGCUCAUCACCGAUACGAAUAUCGCUCCCAUCUAUGUCCCUGCAUUCCAGAAGAGCUUCGACAACCUCACAGCCAAGUCCGAUACCUGCCCACGACUACUCACCUACGAAAUCCCACCCGGCGAAUCCUCCAAAGGCCGAGAAACAAAGGCCGAAAUUGAGGACUGGAUGCUGUCGCAGCAAUGUACAAGGGACACCGUUAUAAUUGCACUGGGAGGAGGGGUCAUCGGCGACAUGAUUGGCUACGUAGCAGCGACUUUUAUGAGGGGCGUACGCUUUGUGCAGGUUCCUACCACCUUGCUGUCUAUGGUGGACUCGGCAAUUGGGGGGAAAACCGCAAUCGAUACUCCGAUGGGGAAGAAUCUGAUCGGCGCAUUUUGGCAACCACAACGAAUCUACGUUGACCUGAGAUUCCUUGAGACUUUACCCGUUCGCGAGUUUAUUAACGGCAUGGCCGAGGUCGUCAAGACAGCUGCUAUAUGGGACGAGGCCGAAUUUGCUAAUCUGGAGGCCAAUGCAGAUCUCCUCAUGGCAACCAUUCGGGCAAAGUCUUCGGAUCGUUCCUCGCGGCUCGAACCUAUUCGGGAUAUUCUAAAGCGAAUUGUACUGGGAUCAGCAGGAAUAAAAGCUAAAGUUGUGUCUGCAGAUGAGCGCGAAGGUGGGUUGAGGAAUCUCCUGAAUUUCGGCCAUUCUAUAGGCCAUGCUUAUGAAGCACUCUUGACACCUCAGGUCUUACAUGGAGAAGCUGUUGCUAUUGGAAUGGUGAAAGAAGCAGAGUUGGCUCGCCACUUGGGUGUACUCAAGCCCGGUGCUGUUGCUCGUCUUGUGAAAUGUAUUUCCAGCUAUGGACUUCCUACGUCUCUCGAGGAUAAGCGCGUCCAAAAACUCACGGCUGGAAAACGCUGCCCAGUUGAUGUACUGCUCCAAAAGAUGGCUGUUGACAAGAAAAAUGACGGGAAGAAAAAGAAGAUUGUGUUGCUUUCUGCCAUUGGAAAAACUCAUGAGCUUAAAGCUAGUGUUGUUGAAGAUCGAGCGAUUAGGGUUGUGUUGUCUGAUGCGAUUGUGGUCAGUCCUGGCGUCCCGAAAGCGCUGAACAAUGAAGUUAUUCCUCCGGGCUCGAAAAGCGUUUCCAACAGGGCUCUGAUAUUGGCGGCUCUUGGCACUGGUCCAUGCCGCAUCAAAAACUUGCUGCAUUCGGAUGAUACGGAAUUUAUGCUUACUGCAAUUGCAAAGCUUGGAGGGGCGACUUAUGGGUGGGAGGAUGCAGGGGAGGUUCUCUUAGUCCAAGGAAAAGGAGGCGAUCUUCGAGCCAGCCCAACGGAGCUUUAUAUUGGCAAUGCUGGAACUGCAUCACGAUUUUUGACCACAGUGGUCUCUCUGUGCAAAGCCUCAAGUGUCAAAGCAACAAUUCUCACUGGAAACGCUCGUAUGAAAGUCAGGCCCAUAGGACCAUUAGUCGACUCACUCCGCACAAAUGGUGUUGAUAUCGAAUAUCUGGAGAAGCCAAACAGUCUCCCGCUCAAAGUUGAGGCCUCCGGUGGCUUUGAAGGUGGUGAUAUCGAACUUGCAGCUACAGUUUCUUCCCAAUAUGUCUCUUCAAUUCUCAUGUGUGCACCCUAUGCCAAGAAGCCCGUCACACUCCAUCUUGUGGGCGGUAAGCCCAUUUCUCAACCAUACAUCGAUAUGACUACGGCCAUGAUGGCAAGUUUUGGAAUCAAAGUCACUAGAUCGGAUACAGAAGAUCACACUUACCACAUUCCCAAAGGGGUAUAUUGCAACCCAGCAGAGUAUGUUGUAGAAAGCGAUGCCAGCUCCGCGACCUAUCCUCUUGCUGUGGCAGCGAUCUCUGGGACUACUUGUACAAUCCCGAACAUUGGCUCCAUGUCAUUGCAAGGAGACGCUCGCUUUGCAAUAGAGGUCCUUCGCCCAAUGGGAUGUAAAGUAGUCCAGACAGAUCAUUCGACAACCGUCACUGGACCUGCAGUCGGACAACUGAAAGCCAUUCAAGAGGUUGAUAUGGAGCCAAUGACGGACGCUUUCUUGACCGCAUCUGUUCUCGCUGCCGUUGCAAAAGGCACAACGAGAAUUCGGGGCAUUGCCAACCAACGAGUUAAAGAGUGUAACCGCAUCCUUGCGAUGAAGGACCAACUUGCAAAAUUUGGCGUGGUAUGCCGUGAACUGGAAGAUGGAAUUGAGGUGGAUGGAAAGCCUCCUGCGACUCUGAAGAAGCCUAUCUCUGGAGUCUAUUGUUACGACGAUCACCGUGUGGCGAUGAGUUUUAGUGUGCUGGCGGUGGCUGCACCAGAAGAGGUGCUCAUCUCAGAACGGGAGUGUGUGGGGAAGACUUGGCCUGGAUGGUGGGACAUUCUUUCCUUGUCGUUCGGUGUUGGUCUUUCCGGAAAGGAAGUAGAAGGCGGCCACUCCAAAAAGGCAUCUUCUACAACGGCUCUGUCGGACAAGUCCAUGUUCAUUAUUGGCAUGCGUGGUGCGGGGAAGACUACAGCUGGUGGCUGGGCAGCCAAAACUCUCAACCGACCCCUCCUAGAUCUAGACGUGGAACUUGAGAGGACUACUAGCAUGACAAUACCGGAUUUAAUCAAAGCCAAGGGCUGGGAGGGAUUCCGUGAUGCGGAGUUGACCCUACUGAAGCGGGUAAUUGAUGAGAAGCCCAAAGGUUACGUGUUUGCUUGCGGUGGUGGCAUUGUAGAACUGCCAGAUGCUCGCCGCCUCCUCUCCAACUACCACAAAGCCGGUGGGAUUGUGCUCUUAGUACACCGGGAUACAGAGCAAGUCAUGGACUAUCUACAAAUUGACAAGACACGACCUGCUUACGUGGAAGACAUUAUGGGGGUAUAUCUUCGCCGGAAACCUUGGUUUCAUGAAUGCAGUAACUUUCAAUACCACAGUAAAAGUGGCGAUUCUGGAGCUUUGUCUGUUGCACGUGAAGAUUUCGGGAGAUUCCUGUCACUCAUUUCUGGACAGAGCACCCAUUUCGAGGAGAUCCGGAGUAAGCAGCAUUCUUUCUUCGUUUCACUCACGAUGCCCAAAUUAUCUGCCGCAGUCGAACUCCUUCCUGCGGUUGUAGUUGGCUCAGAUGCCGUUGAAGUACGAGUGGAUUUACUAGAAGAUCCGAGCUCAAACAACGGCAUCCCAACUCCUGAAUACUUGAGCGUUGAGGUAGCCCAUCUACGAUCUAUCGUUGCGUUACCCUUGAUAUUUACAUUGCGGACUGUUAGCCAAGGAGGUAGAUUCCCAGACGAUGCCCAGGAAGAAGCACUUGGACUGUACAAGGCAGCUAUCAGGAUGGGGAUGGAGUACAUUGAUUUGGAGAUCGCGUUCCCCGACGAGUUGCUGCAAAGCAUCACCGAAGCAAAAGGGUUCUCCAGAAUCAUUGCAUCUCACCACGACCCCCGAGGCCAACUUUCAUGGAAGAACGGAGGCUGGAUGCAAUACUACAACAGGGCUCUUCAAUACGGCGAUAUUAUCAAAUUGGUUGGUAGUGCAAAAAUUAUGCAGGACAACUUUGCUCUUGCACAGUUCAAGUCUGCGAUGACUGCCGCCCACAAUGUUCCCUUGAUUGCCAUCAACAUGGGCCCUCUCGGCAAAUUGAGUCGCGUAUUGAAUGCUUUCAUGACCCCAGUUUCGCACCCAGCUCUGCCUUUCAAAGCGGCACCAGGGCAAUUGUCAGCCAGGGAGAUUCGUCAAGGGCUAUCAUUACUUGGCGAGGUUCAGCCAAAGCAAUUUUACCUCUUUGGAGAACCAAUCUCGGCUUCACGAUCGCCAGCUCUCCAUAAUACAUUGUUCCAGCAAGUAGGUCUCCCGCACGAGUAUUCGGGCGUCGAAACCGACCAAGUCGAAGACGUUGUGGAGCUCAUCCGCUCACGGGAUUUCGGAGGUGCUUCAGUCACAAUACCCCUCAAGCUGGACAUCAUCCCGUUCCUCGACGAUGUCACCGACGCAGCAAAGCUCAUAGGCGCUGUGAAUACCAUCAUACCCACCCCUGGCCAACCUGACGGCCCUCCACGACUGCUCGGCGAGAACACAGACUGGCUCGGAAUGACUUACUCGCUGGUAUCUCAUUCCUACUCCACCAGCUCGUCUGGGGCCCCUGGAAGCGCACUCGUCAUCGGCGCAGGCGGCACUGCCCGAGCAGCCAUCUACGCGCUGCAAUCCCUAGCACACAGCCCCAUCUACAUCGUCUCGCGGACGCCAUCGAAGCUCGCCUCGAUGAUCUCGUCCUUCCCCGCCGAAUUCAACAUCGUCCCCCUAACGUUGUCCGAGGCCGAGCUCUCACCGAGACAUCCCAAGGCGGAUACGACGCGCCAGCGCACGUUGUUGGAGAUGGCAUACAAGCCGAGCACGACGGCGCUGAUGCAGAUGGCGAGUGAUGCAGGUUGGGUUACGAUUCCCGGGCUCGAGGUGUUGAGCGCUCAGGGUUGGUACCAGUUUCAAAAAUGGACAGGCAUCAAACCGUUGUACGAGGAGGCAAGGGCAGCUGUAUUAGGUGAAUCAGUGUAG